ACCAAGUCAAGGACUGAGUACAAUUCAUAGCCUCGUCUGGCAGAUGGUCAACAGGUCUUCCCGAGUUCCAUAAAGAAUUGUCUUCCGCUUUCUCCUCCAUCUCCCCCCUCUAGCCUCAUCUCUCAUCCUUGUCCCUCAGUCCAGAGUCCCGUUAUCGCUUAACUCUGUCCACCUAAAACUACCCGAUUCAUUGUAAACCGCAUUGCAGGGUUUUUGUUUCCCCCAUCAGAACUACUCAGAAGAACCGAUCCAAACAAUUCAACACAUCAAACAAACAAAAACCAUGUCCACCACCAAUAAAGACGCCGGUACUAAUCCGACUGCCAAUGGAACCGAUGGUGUAGCUACCAUCACUGAUGCAUUGGAAGCUUCCACCAUUCAAGAGUUGGGCAAAAAGGUUUUCAUCGGCAAUCUCAGUUUUGCAACCAAAGAUGACCAACUGCGAGAAAUGUUUGGCAAGCAUGGCGAAAUCUCUGACGUGCAAAUCAUCCAUCGUGGGACGCGUUCCUUGGGAUACGGCUUCGUCACGUUUACCACUUGCGAAGAGGCCGAGAAAGCUGUGGCGGCGACAGACAAAAAUGAAAUUGACGGCCGUGCCAUCAACGUCGAGAUCGCCAAGCCUGCUCCUGGCACACCCGGAGGCGCAGUACCACGUGCGGCGGCCAGAGCUGCGAAGGCGUCCAAAGCUCGCCAAACCAAUGGCGAUGCCAAGGGUACAGACGAGGAUCAAGAUAACUCGGCCGAUGCCCCCUCAGCCAGACGUACCAAAAGUGGCACGGGGCGCACUCGAAACAGGAGGCAAGGUCGAGCCCGUCGUCCAGCUGGUGAAGCUAAACCGGAAACCAACGGUGACGACCAUGGUGCGGUGACUGACGCUUCCGCUAACAACGAGGGAGACACUUCAAGCAAACCUCGUUCGAAACGCACUCGCACCAGGCGACCAAAAGGAGAAUCAUCUUCGGGCGAGCCUCGCGGCGAGAGACGCCCCAGGCGAGUUAAAGGAACACCAGAGGGUCCACCCAGCCAAACGCUGUUAUUUGUAGCCAACUUGCCAUUCAGUGUGACGGAUGAAAAGCUGAAGGAGUUGUUCUCGGGCUACAAAGUGGCCUCAGCUCAUGUAGUUUGUCGAAGGUAUGGGACGACUGUCGGCCGAUCGAAAGGGUUCGGGUUUGUCGAUUUUGAGGACCAAGAGAACCAACUGAAGGCCUUGGAGGAAGUCCAAGCGAAGGAGAUCGAUGGUCGCGCUUUGAGCCUCAAGAUCGCCGUCAGCGAAAAUAAGAAAGAAGACGAAUCGGCUGAGAAGAUCGACGAUCCAUCCGCCCCCGUUGUUGCCGAGCCCGCUGCUGCCUAGGCCCCCGCUUUUCUUUUGUUUUCAUUAUAUAGAUCAAAUGUACAUAGUUCUCCAAUCUUUUGUUGGACUAAGCUACAUAUAGUUCAUUUUACGUCUCCUUUUUUUUCUUUCGCAGUUUGCAAUUAUCACUUGAGUGCCAUUUUGAGCGUUUUUUUACCCAUUUAUUACAAUCCACCCGCUGAACAUGGUCCUUCCAUGUUGUCAUCUCAACCAACGUACAAGGGUCCAUCAAAAUUUCUUGCAUCCUAGCCCACCUGCCCUCACCAGGAAAAAAUCAAUUAUCAAUUGCCACCAAGGGACAUCUCAGAUUACAGAGGGGCCUUUAGGUCACUUGUCAUC